UUGUGAUUUCCUAUUUCGGACACUUCAAAACGAACAACAAAAUGAGCUCAAAACAUGUUUACAAAAGAAAUAAGAAUCAACCAUCAAGUCAACCAGCGUGCGAAGGUGGGGACAUGAGGAUGGAAACCUCCGUGGGUGGGGAGGGCAGUCAGCUUGAUCAAAGACAAAGUGUGGACUUGAAUCUAUGUGGUGAUAAAACAGAUGAUUCUCAGAUGAUUUCAAGCAGGACUGAAUUGACAUUUGUCGAUCGAGGAAUUUCAGAGGAAUUCCACAAACUCCAGAAACUGCUUGGGCUUCCUGAUGAAGUGAUGUGUAUGAAGCGGAUGUUUGAAAUCAUCAGUUCCAUCCUCACCUCACCAUGGCCUUGGAACCUGUGGAAGAAUAGACACCAGGCAACUGCCAAAGAGCUGAGUACGCCUCAUCUCCAUGUCAACUCUGAGGUCAGAGGUCACGUCUGUGUGCCUGUAAACAUCUCCAUUGAGAAGUGGUUCACAGAUGCAGCAGAACACUCAAAGCUUGAUCCUGAGGACUUCCUCAUCUAUCUCCUACUGGUUUAUAGUCAAAUCAACACUUCGAUCCUAACUGGGGAGACGUCAGCAGAAACUGCUCCGAACCUCCUACAUCUGGUAAAAUACCAAGAGAAAAGCUGCCAACAAAAGAAGUACCAAGAUCUUACAUUAUCAACGUUGGCGACUGAAAUAUCAACAGUUACUGAACUAUUUGAUUCAAAUCUAAAUGCAGAGAGUGAAUGUGAGGGGCAGAGAAAGGAUAAAACUAUCACUAAAGGGAGGAGAACGAAAUCGGGAACGAGAGGGAGCAAGAGUGUGAAACAGUCUGACAGACUGGAAAAUGGAGGCAAAUGGAAGAAGGGAAAAAGAACUAAGGGUACUAGUAAGCCAUCUGGCAGAGGAAGGAGAACGAAAUUAGGGUUGAGAGAGACACCAGUGGAGAAUGAGAAUGUUAUGAAAAUACGGGGACGUCCUCUGACAAGAAUCUCGCCGGGUCUGGAGUUAGAUGGAGGUGAUGUGAUUCCUGAGGCUGAAGGGGAACAUGGUGUUGUUCAAGUGAAAGUACUCAAGCCAAGACACAAGGGGGCUAAACAGAAUAAGACAUUGCUUGAUGCUGGAACUGAUGCUAGUGGAGAUGGGCAAUGGCAUAUUGUCACCAAGCACAGAGAUCCAAAGGGGCUACGAACCCAAAAGGAUUAUAUCUUACACAAAGAUGAGGCAGCUAAGACUGUUGCACGUAGAAACAUUUACGAAUGUCGGUUAUGUCGGAAGAAGUGUCACGGUUGGGCAAGUUGGUCCAAUCAUAAAAGUCAGCAUUUCACAAACCGACCAGACAUUGUUUGUCCAACAUGCGGCUGGAUAACCAAAACAAAAUCUGGCAUGUGGGCACACCGGAAACGACAUGGGAACAUUCGAGAGAAGUGUCCUCACUGUGAAUAUACAAAUUAUGUUAAAAGUGCCAUCAAAGUCCAUAUAAUGCAGGCCCAUCCAGAACUGUCUGAAAAGAAACCACGGGUUCACAUCUGCGACACCUGCAAGCAUCAGUUUAAGACAUCUUCCAGUUUGCGUGUCCAUGUGAAGUUACAUAAACGGUUGGUUCGAGACCAAGUAUGCAGUGUGUGUGACAAGACUUUCUACUCAAGAAAACUGUUACAGGAUCAUGUCCGCGCUGUCCAUGCAGAUAAGCGCUUCUCAUGUGAGAAAUGUGACAAAAAGUUUGCAAAGCGUCGAUCCCUUGACACUCAUUUUAACCGUGUUCAUCUGAGGAUUAAAGCCAUCCAGUGUCAUUACGAGGACUGUGAUCAGCUCUUCUAUGAGAAGAAGGACUUGAAGCAGCAUAUCAUUGUCUAUCACACGAAGGAGAGGAAUUACCCGUGUGAAUGGGCAACCUGUCAGAAGUCGUUCCGCACGCUGUAUCAGCGCAAAAUUCACAUGAGAAUUCACACGGACGAGAAACCACUCAAAUGUCCACAUUGUGAUUACUCCGCACGACAGAGGAGUUCACUCACGUGCCAUCUGAAGAAACAUGCACCAGAGAGUGAUGGUGAUGUCGUCAAAAUGUCUGGUGCUCCUGGUCGUAAAAAACGAACAACGGUUUUAAAGGGCGAAACUAGAACUGUCACUUUUGUUGCGAGCAUUCCAGCGCAGUCUGGUGCAGUUGUCAAUCAGGUGCACGACCCAUUACUUCUUCCAGCACCUCAGCCAGGCGUGGAGCUUCGGGCUCAACCAGAUUGGGGGGGAAACUGGACUGCACAUGUGCAAAAGGAAGCGUUGAAUUCAGAGGAAUUACCAGAGGCCGUGCCAGGUCAGCCUUCCUCAACCUCUCAUGGUGCUCAGCCAUUAGUUUUGACAAUUCCUGUUCAUGGUGCUCAGCCAUUAGUUUUGCCAUUAACUCCUGCUCCGUCAGGAGAGCACGAUUCAACUGCGUUUCCAGGCACUAAGCUUGGUGAACAUUCUGGUAGCUUCAGGACAACUAGUGUGAAAAUGGAUGUUGAAAGCUCAGGCAAACCGACAUUCAUGAAGAGAGUUAUAGACAUACCAGAAUCCGAUGAAUAUAAAACUGUCCCAGUUGUUGAGAUGGCGGGACAAGUGCCAAACAGUUUGCCUUAUCAAGUCAUGAUGCCGGGUAUGACCGCUCAACGGCCUGCAUCCUCAAUGAUGACAGUACAAGUUUUUACUGCAGAAGAACUCAUGAAUAUGACAUCGUUGCCAAUGGUUGCAACCAAGCCAGCAGCGGGUGUAACCAUGAUGACAGCAAACUUAGCUGAGCAACCAAAGUCUUUGAUGACAGAAGCUAAUAUUGCCAUGGUAACCAGCCAAGAACAGCCAAAAUACCUUUCAAUGCCAAUAUUUACUGAUGCUGAAGGAUUUUCCAUUUUGAACCCGGAAAUCGGAGUCACAGCCAAGGAACAAAACGCCUCCAUUACAUCUCAAGCCUCAAUCGGUGUGGCUGAAAUUCCUGCGGUCACAUCGAACAGAAAACCUUCUGUUUCCUUGGAAUCAGUUUCAACAGAGCUCAGACGCAGCCCUGUUUUUACCACAGGAGCAGGGUCUGCUUCUCAAGCAGACCACACGAUGGGGGUGUCUACGUCAGUCGUGCCCUCCCAUAAUACUCAAGGUGAUGCAGGCUGUUCUUCCUUGGUGCUGGGUGCUCUCCAACAGCUCCACUCUUCCUUCCAAACGGUCCAGCUACAUCAGGUGGUGCAGCAGGCAAUGCCCACCACUACAACCAGUUCUCUUGAUAAAGCAAACCUUAUGUCGGAUGAAGCCCUUUAGAAGAGUACGUUAGCUAAUGUGCCAGUGGGCAUCAUACUUGACAAUGAUAUGUUCACAUGAUGCUUGAGGAAGAGCAGUGGACUAGUAUUGGGGAACUCUGAUCACAUACGAAAUGAUGAAAGAUGGAUAAGUGACAAAUAGUUUAAUGAAAAAUCCCAAUUACAUGUAUAUUCUGAACGCAUGGUCUCUGAUAUGUUGUCAUGGAAAGAUUGUAUCAAAACUUGUCAGUAAAUUUGUGUUCAUUUGAUUGUCCAUUAUGGCAAUAAUCACCUUUCAAAGUUUCUUAAGUAAACAUGACUCCAGAUGUACUGGGUGUUGUAUACAUUUCCUUGUACAUGUCGUCAAAUAAUUAAAUAUUUUCAGUUUUA